UUCUCAGCAAGCGGCCUCCAGCCUCCUCCUCCUCCUCCUGCAGCCUAGCCUCCCUCCUGUCCAGCGCCAGAUUCCGAUGGGGGUCCCGAUGGGGAAGUCGAUGCUGGCGUUGCUCACCUUCUUGGCCAUGGCCUCGUGCUGCUUUGCUGCUUACCGCCCCAGUGAGACCCUGUGUGGCGGGGAGCUGGUGGACACCCUGCAGUUCGUCUGCGGGGACCGCGGCUUCUACUUCAGCAGGCCCGCGAGCCGCGUGAGCCGCCGCAGCCGUGGCAUCGUGGAGGAGUGCUGCUUCCGCAGCUGCGACCUGGCUCUUCUGGAAACAUACUGCGCCACCCCCGCCAAGUCCGAGAGGGACGUGUCGACCCCUCCGACCGUGCUUCCGGACAACUUCCCCAGAUACCCCGUGGGCCAAUUUUUCCAGUACGACAGCUGGAAGCAGUCCGCUCAGCGUCUGCGCAGAGGCCUGCCUGCCCUCCUGCGCGCCCGCCGAGGCCGUCUGCUUGCCAAGGAGCUGGAAGCGUUCAGGGAGGCACAACGCCAUCGUGCCGUGACCACCUUCCCCACGCAGGACCCCGCCGCCCACGGGGCCGCCUCGCCCGAGGCGCCCGACCACCAGCAAUGAGCCAAAUUGUCGUCGUGAUUCUGCGCGCCUCCACCGUCGUCCUCUCGGCGCUCCUCCUGCCGGGGACCCGACCACCAGGUCCCCCUCCGAAACCUCCCUGCCCCCGGCCUGC